AUGGCAGAAAGUGAUUCAGUACCAACAGAAAUACAUAUAUAUAAACCCGAUGAACAAGGUAAUCAAAUAGUAAUUGAAGGAGAAAAAAAUUGGAUAAAUAAUGAAGAUCCGAAUUCAUCCGAAUUUCAUCAUCAAAAACAACAAAUAAUUAUUGAAAAUCCAAAUGAUCCUCAUUCGACUAUUACUCAUCAUCUUGAAGAUAGUCAGGUAACAGUUGGUAAUGAAAAUUUUUCAUUUGUUUUACCAAUUGACGACAAAUCUCAGCAAAUCCAAGACAAGACUAAUGAUGUAAUUGAUACAGCACAAGAUAAAGUAAAGGAAACAGUUGAUGUCACAAAUGAAAAAGCAGCUGAAAUAAAACAUGAUGCAAUUGCUACUGCGCAUAAUGUUCAAGAAAAAGCAGAAGAAGUUACACAUAAUGUUCAAGAAAAAGCAACUGAAUUAAAAGAAGAUGUAGUUCAUGCUGCACAUGUAGCAGGAGAGAAAGCAGCAGAAACUGCACAUAAUGUUCAAGGUAAUAUUUUUACCUUUAAAUAUUUUCUUUCCAAUAAUCCAUAUUUUACAGAUAAAGCUAUUGAAUUAAAAGAUGAUGCAGUUGCUGCUACUCACGUCGUAGGAGAAAAAGCAAAAGAAGCAGCACAUAAUAUUCAAGAUAAAGCCGCUGAACUAAAACAUGAUGCAGCUGUUGUUGGUCAUGAUGUGAAAGAAAAAGCAAUAGAAAUAGGACAUAAUAUUCAAGGUAAAACAUUUAUCAUCUAUAAUCUCUUCUUUAUAUUAGUA